UCUGCUUCCUCUCUGCCCUCUUUCCCAGGUACACCUCCAGACCCAAGACAUGUCCUGCUAUGACCAGUGCCGGCCAUGCCAGUCCUGCAGCCGAACCCCUCUGGCCAACAGCUGCAAUGAGCCCUGUGUCAGGCAGUGCCAGAACUCCACCAUCGUCAUCCAGCCCUCUCCUGUGAUGGUGACCCUGCCCAGCCCCAUCCUCAGCUCCUUCCCACUGAACACCACCAUGGGCUCCUCCACAUCUGCUGCUGUUGACAACAUCCUCAGCUGUGAUGGAGUGCCCAUCAACUCUGGAUGCUGUGACCUCUCUGUCAUUUCCAUCCACUACUAUGGCAGAAGGUGCCACCCCUGCUAA